CCGACGUCAGCCUUCGAUCGCUUCAACAGCGCUACUGCUUCGCACACCAUGCUCGGCGUCUAUCACGCCAUCAUAUCAUACUCUCCCCCACUCGCUCGGUGCCUUAGCGUUUGGAGCGUCCGUCAAUCUGACAACGAGGGCGUUUAUAUAUAAGUAUGCCCCCGCCGUAAGGGUCCAGUUCACCUUCUUCUUGCACCAUUGCGCGACCAAGAUUCGAGAUUCGAAUCCGCCAUGUCUCCCACCGCAUCUGAGAAGAAGUUCUCUCCGGAUUUGGAGCAGCGCUCGGUGAACGGGACUGAUUGGGAAGGGUCAGAAGACGCCAGUGUUAUUAUCGGCAGACAGAGGGCAGAGGAGGGGGAGCAUGAAAUCAAGUACCGGACGUGUUCGUGGCAAAAGACCGCCGCACUAUUAUUCUCCGAAUACAUCUGCCUCGCCAUACUCUCCUUCCCAUGGUCAUUCUCGGUGCUCGGCAUGGUCCCAGGCGUGAUCGUGACCGUCGCGGUCGCGAUAAGCGUCCUGUACACCUCGCUCGUGCUCUGGCGCUUCUGCCUGAAGCACCCCGAGGUCCGCGACGUCUGCGACAUCGGUCGGAUCCUCUUCGGCGGCUCCGAUCUCGCGUACAACGUCACCGCCAUCUUCUUCCUGCUGAACAACACCUUUAUCCAAGCCCUCCACUGUCUCGUCGGCGCGAAGCUGUUGAACACGCUGACGAACUCGGCGACGUGCACGAUCACGUUUUCCGCCAUCGCCGCGAUCGCGUGCUUCUUCGUGUCCCUCCCGCGCACGCUCAACCAGCUCUCCGGGCUCGGCGUGUUCAGCGCGGUCACGAUGGGCAUCGCCGUGCUCCUCGCGAUCAUUUUUUCAGGCAUCCAGGACCACCCGUUCGGGUAUAUCCCCGGCCAGGACCCGAUUGUGACUACUAUACCUGUCAAGGGCACGUCGUUCGUGCUGGGAAUGUCGGCGUUCUUGAAUAUUAGCUAUACGUUCAUCGGCCAGAUCACGUUGCCUUCUUUCAUUGCCGAGAUGAAGGAUCCCAAGGAUUUCCCGAAGGCUCUCUGGGCCGUGACCAUCGCAGAGAUUGUCGUCUUCACCAUCUGCGGCGCUGUGAUGUACCACUUCGUCGGCAACCAAUAUAUGACCUCCCCAGCUUUCGGCUCGCUCACCCGCACCUACAAGCUGAUCGCCUUCUCCUUUGCCAUCCCGACGAUCGUCUUCCUCGGCGCUCUCUACUCGUCUGUCACCGCCCGCUUCAUCUUCUUCCGCAUUUUCCGCAACUCGCACCACCGCCACUCGAAUACCGUCACCGCGUGGGCCACAUGGGCCGCCAUCGUCGCCGCGACGUGGGCGCUCGCGUUCGUCAUCGCGGAGGUGAUUCCCUUCUUCUCCGACAUGCUCAGCUUGAUGAGCUCCUUGUUUGAUGGGUGGUUUGGUUUCAUCUUCUGGGGCAUGGCAUACCUCACGUUCUACCCCGGCGCCUCGAAAUGGGCGGGCCCGUGGCGGACAGCCGAGACGCUGCUCAACUACUUCCUCAUCCUCGUUGGGCUUUACAUGCUCGUCGCAGGAACCUAUGUAUCAAUACAGUCGAUCAUCAACGACUACCACGCCAACCUCGUCGGGUCGGCAUUCUCUUGUGCAAGUAAUGCUCUGUAA